AUGUCCAGCUUUGGCAAGCCUCCCCCACUCUCCGGAGAAGGCUCUAACUCUCUGGCAUGGGUCAAGCUCUUCAAAAAGCCUGGAGCUGUUGGUGGUGGUGGGGGUCUGGGGAAAUCCUAUCAGCCUGGGAGCAUGUUGUCUCUGGCUCUAACCAAAGGCCUGCUGAACGAACCAGGCCAGAAUAGCUGCUUCCUCAACAGUGCCGUACAGGUGUUAUGGCAGUUGAACAUUUUCAGGAGGAGUUUGAGACAGCUUCCUGGUCAUUUUUGUCUAGGGGAUGCCUGCAUUUUCUGCGCUUUAAAGAGUAUUUUUAGCCAGUUCCAGCAAAGCCAAGAGCGAGCGUUGCCUUCGGAUAGCCUGCGUCACGCCCUCGCAGAAACCUUUAAGGACGAGCAGCGUUUCCAACUUGGCCACAUGGAUGACGCUGCAGAGUGCUUUGAGAACAUUCUGGAGAGGAUUCACCUGCACAUAGUUUCUGACACGGUGACUGAGGCCUGCACAUCCAAGUCCUGCAUUACCCACCAGAAGUUUGCCAUGAUACUUUAUGAACAGUUUGUAUGUCGUAGUUGUGGCGCCACCUCGGACCCCCUUCCUUUCACAGAGUUAGUGCAUUAUGUCUCCACCACAGCCCUAUGCCAACAGGUGGACCGUGUCUUGGGGCAGAACGACAGGAUUCGGUCGGACAUGUUCGGGGAAUUGCUGCAGGCGGCAAACACCACCGGUGACCUACGUAACUGUCCGAGCAACUGUGGCCAGAGCAUCAAAAUCCGUCGGGUUCUCAUGAACCGCCCAGAGAUCGUCACCAUUGGCUUUGUGUGGGACGCAGAGCAGUCUGACCUUACAGAGGACGUGGUGAGGUCACUGGGUCCACAUCUCAACCUCUCAGGGCUGUUCAACCGGGUCACUGAUGAGAACGCCAAAAGGAGUGAGUUACAUCUCGUGGGAAUGAUUUGUUUCUCCAGCAAACAUUACUCUGCGUUCGCUUAUCACAGCAAGUCCUCAAAAUGGAUCUUUUUUGACGACGCCACCGUGAAAGAGAUCGGAUCCAAGUGGAAAGACGUGGCCUCUAAAUGCAUCCGGGGACAUUUCCAGCCACUGCUCCUGUUCUACACUAACCUGGAGGGGACCCCAGUCUCCAGCGAGGAUGCGCCAAAACAAACGAUUAUGUGUCCCCGCUUCAAAGCCCACGCCAACGGGGAAGUGCCAGCAGGGAUGAAGAAGUUGGAUGCCAUCUGGGAGAAUGCAGGCCCAUUCCGCUCCAACCAGGGGCCCUAUAAGCAAAUGCUACUUCCACCCUCCACCUCAGGCUACAAAAGAGUGAAAGGCCCACCUUGUAGUCCCAACAAAUUCCGGGUUCCUUCCAAGGAGACUUCCCAGAGGGUUGUAGAGGGGAUAAAGAAGGAGGCCGAAAGAGGGCGUCGAAAACCAGAUCCACACAAAGAUAUGUCCUAUGCCAGAUCCCCGCCUGAGGACGGGCUGAGGCAGCACACUGACCAGAGGUUGCGAGGCGGCAGUGGAGCCCGGGCUGACAAGUUGUCAUCCUCCCACCAGAGCAGAGCUUCCCAGGACCCAGACCCACGCUCUCAAUCCGGUGCCCUUGGCGGACAAAGUUGGAGACAGGAAACCUCCCCUGGUCACCAAGAACAGGACGGCAGCCAGGACGCGUGGGAUAAGGGCAGCAGGUUGGGAGCGGGCCAUAACAAAGCCAAGCCCUCCUGGAGGCCAAUCCGGGAAGUUCUGAAUGUGGACAGCGUCUUGAACGACCUUGAACGGCGACAACAACAGCAGCACUAUGGCAGUGGUGGUAGCCCCCAGCUCGCUAAACCCUCCUAUCAGGAGAUCCCGCAUGGCAGCGAACAGGACAACCGGGACUGGGAAAAAGAGCGGGAAAAGGAUAAAGAGCGGGAACGGGACAGUCUCAGGAUGAGGGAAGAGUGCAAGCAGCAGAAGUGCUUGAUGACAAUUUACGAGGACGAGCAGCGGCAAGAGACAGAGAGCCACAGCUCCCUUGAAUCGGAGGGCAGGGCAAGUGGGCACGGCGACCGGGGAGGUGGAGGGGAUGGAAGCAGCGGGAGUAGGGCCAAGGGCGGGACCAAAGCCCUGUUGCGCAGCGACACCUGGACCAUCCAGAGGACUGAGUCGGGAUACGAGAGCAGCGACCGGCUGAGCAGCGGCUCCACCAACCCUGACUCGCCAGGGGUGGACAGCUUUGCCGGGAAGGAGCAGCGGUUGACACCAGAGGUGCAGUCUCAGAGCAGGGUUCAGCUUCACCCAAACAGGUGCGAUUCUAAACCUGAUGCGGUACACUCCCCUUUGCAAGGUAAACAUCAACUGACAACUCAGGGAAAGAAUUGCGACCAUCAAGUUUCACAUCUCCUGAAAAGUAGUCCAAGUUCAAGACAGAAAUGUAGAUACAGCCCCUGUAGUUCUAAGAAAGGAGCUGGUCUAGAGAGGGACGCUAGCUCCUCAGACAACAGGAGCAGUCACAUGAUGGAAUCGCCAGAGAUGAGUAACAACAACAGAGGUGGUCACCAUGGCGAUAGCCCAGCCCUGCGGCGCUUGGGUGAACCCAGCAGCUCGGAGUGGAACAGCACCGACAACCUGACUGGGAAUCUCUCAGAACCAGAGGACAGUGCCUACCGCUCCAGCAACAGCAAGCCCCUUUUGUCCGAGUUGCUGUCCCCCCACCACCUGGCCUUCCACCAACCCCCCCAUAUCGAACUGGAAGAGCCCUCAUCUCAACAUCAGCCCAUCAUGCCACCACUGCCUCACCCCAAAGCCGCCCAGCGAGCUUCCCCUCACCAGGGGGAUGUUGGCCGCCACUGCUUCCAUCCCAGGCUACUCCAGGAGCCCUCCCAGACCAGCCCCCGGCCCAGCGUCCGGCCCACCUCGGCCUCACAUACCCCCAGCCCCAACCGGAGGUCGGAAUCCAAUGACCCUCUGCAGAGGCCCUCGUCGGGUGCCAGCUCCAAGUCGGGCUCGGACCCAGAGAGGAGUAACCCAUCGUCGGGCGAAAGUGAGGAGAGGCUGCCCAUCUGCAGGCCACCUGGAGCCGAGUCAGCGGCAGCCCAAGGGGUUUCCCUCACCACGUACUUCAGCGUGGACAAUUGCAUGACGGACACAUACAGACUUAAGUACCAUCACCAGCGACCCCUCCUACUCUCGGCUAUCGUGCAGCGAGCACCGACGGAGCCCCGAGAACAUCCCAACCACCACCUGCACCCCGCAAACACACACUCCAUGCUACCCAAAACCCGGCCUGAUGCAGGCCAUAACAGCAAUAAGCCCACUGCAAAAUGGAACCCAGUGACAGCCAAAGCACUGGAUGAGCGUGGCUAUUUGUGA